GUAGAUUGAUUUCAUUGCAGCUCCAACCAACAAACGCAGUGCGCGUCGUGUGGGAACAAAGUGGCAAACGCGAUCAUCUCCUCCUCCUUCAACGCCAUGAAGCUUGAAAGACUAAUGUGGCUCAUCUGGGUACCGGCAGUGGCUCUCGUAUGCUCGCUGGCCAGUGGUGAAGAGGCAAAAACGUUUCCUGGUGCCUCGAUCGUUCUGCCGGCCGUUCUACCGAUCCUGGGCACGAUCAUCCCAGCCCUGCUUCCUGGUGCUCCCUUACCGGGCCUGCCCGGUGUAUCCGUUUCCCACGCGACGUCCAUCGCUACCUCCGUCCACAUGAAACCCAUCGCUAUCAGCCAUAGUGGAUCGGUUUCGACGAGCAGUAACACGAAUGCUGGUGCCACGGCAUCCAUCGGUGGAGCGUCACUGACCGCUCAAAGCAGUUCCGGGACGGCCAGUAAAGGAACGCCACAUCGAGCAGGCCCUCCCGCACCGCUGCUCAGCAAACGAUGGCGAAAGUUCUUCCAAAAACUUGGCUAACUCUUUGAUCGGUGGUCGAUCGGUGCGUUGUCGAAGGUGGAAUAAACAACCAAACAU